UGGGCGUGACAUGACGCGAGGCGGGGCGGGCGGCAGCCGCCGACGGUGGCGGCGGCCUAGGCGAUGCCGCUGCUGGUGGACGGGCGUCGGGUGCGGCUGCCGCGGUCUGCUGCGGAACUGGUUCGAGCGCACCCGCUGCUGGAGGAAAGAGCCAGACUUCUCAGAGGUCAGUCUGUUCAACAAGUGGGACCCCAGGGCCUUCUGUAUGUUCAGCAAAGAGAGCUUGCAGUGACCUCCCCAAAGGAUGGCUCCAUCUCCAUUCUGGGUUCUGAUGAUGCCACUACUUGUCACAUUGUGGUCCUGAGGCAUACAGGUAAUGGGGCGACCUGCCUCACACACUGUGAUGGAACUGACACCAAAGCCGAAGUCCCCUUAAUAAUGAACUCUAUAAAAUCUUUUUCUGACCACGCUCAGUGUGGAAGGCUGGAAGUGCACCUUGUGGGAGGCUUCAGUGAUGACAGGCAGCUGUCACAGAAACUUACUCAUCAGCUUCUUAGUGAAUUUGACAAACAAGAUGAUGACAUUCACUUAGUGACAUUAUGUGUGACAGAAUUAAAUGACCGGGAAGAAAAUGAAAACCACUUUCCGAUCAUUUAUGGCAUCGCUGUCAACAUUAAAACUGCAGAGAUUUACAGAGCUUCCUUUCAAGAUCGUGGCCCAGAAGAGCAGCUUCGUGCUGCGAGAGCUUUAGCAGGAGGCCCGAUGAUUAGCAUUUAUGAUGCAAAGACAGAACAACUUCGAAUAGGCCCGUAUUCCUGGACGCCAUUUCCACAUGUGGAUUUCUGGUUGCAGCAAGAUGACAAGCAAAUACUAGAGAACCUUUCUACUUCUCCUCUGGCUGAGCCCCCCCACUUUGUUGAACAUAUUAGAUCUACCUUGAUGUUUUUAAAAAAAUUCCCAUCUCCAGCAAAUAUACUGUUUCCUGGAAAUAAAGCUCUCCUCUACAAAAAAAAUGAAGAUGGUUUAUGGGAAAAGAUCUCCUCUCCAGGGAGCUAACAGAGUUACCAGAGAACACAACUGUUUGGCUCAGCAGAUCACUGGUGGUUUGGAAUCUACGUCUGUGCAGUUUUACUUCUUCCUUGCUUACUGUCUUUCAAAAUAAAAUCUUAUUUUGGCAAAGG